GCUGUCGGUUCUUUGGGCGGCUGGGAUCAUGUUUCUGGUGGAAGGAACUUGGACAUGUCAGUCUCCUCCUCUGAGUCCCAUGAGAACUGAGGCGGUGAAUGGCAGGAACUUAAAGCUAAAAUAAUUGUCUUCACCAAGACGGCACGGUAUGAAUAAAUUUUCUAAAGUAAUAGGAAUGUUCCAUAGCUGCGCUGUCCAGUGUGACAGCCAGCAGUCCCGUGUGGCUCUUGAGUACUUAAAAUGAGGCAUCAAUUUUUUAAUUUUAAUUAAGUUAAAUGUAAAAAGCAACAUGUGGCUUAUCGCCUCGUGUCCCAUUGGGCCACAUCAGGCCCAGAGAGAAAGGACUUGUCCAAGCUCACCCUGGCCAUUUAAGAGCAGACCAGGACUGGAUGUUGGGUCUGUCCUCACCCUCAGCCCCAUCCACGUGCCAUGGUGGGCUCAGUGGAAGUGAAAUCAAUCUAAAGGAAAAACAAAGAAGUGGGCUGGUUGGGAAACAUCAAAUCUGGACUGGUCCUUUCUACACCUUUUGUAGUCAAUUGUCUGAGACAGAGAGGUACUUUCUGGAGCUCAGACACCUGAGGCUGGGAAUCAGCCCCUUGUUACAGUGGACAGAAGGCCAGAUUUGAGGUCAGGUAAAAAAAAGUCUUAAAAACUACUUAAAAUUCUGUUCAUCUGCGUCACUCUAGGUAAGUUGCCUAACUCCAGAGUUGUAGUUUCCUCAUUCAGAAAGUACACAUUUCGUGCGGUUGCUGUGAGGAUUAAAUGAUAGAUUCUGAAAAGCGUUUUUCCCAGAUGCUAGACCCUAGCAGGCCCUGGACGUUACAGCUAGUGUUACUGCUAUUACUCAGGUUAAAGCAAAUUAAGAUGUACCUGGAAGUUAGCCCAGAAAGCAGACUCCGUUCUUUCGCUUGCUGGGGGAUGUAGUGGGAGGGACACCAUGCUAGUAUUUGACAAACUAUUCAAUAAUCAUCAUCACAACAAUAAAUGCUAACAUCAUACUUUUCAUGGGUCUUAAGUGUUUUACAGGUAAUCCCUCACUUCCUCCUCAGCACAACCUGAUGAGUUAGAGUCUAUCACCGGCCACAUUUACAGAUGAGUAAACGGAGACUCAGGAACGGUCACUUGCUCAGAGUUGCUAGGCUUGUGGUGUUCUUAACAGCUGUUCUCUUAGCCUCUCUCCAUAAGUCCUGGGCCUCUGUCUGGGUUUAGCAUCAACCGGCCUGGAGUCACUGCCUUCUCCUCCAGCGUGGGGAGAAGAGAGAUGGCAAAGAACGUUUGCUGAACAGUUGGGCUCAAGGUUCAUUCCCAAGGGUAGGCGGCUGAGAUGAGUUCGCCACAGGCUUUAAUUACCCUAUGGGCCCUGGAAUGCAAGGAACAAGAGCCCAGGUUAAGGAGAAGUGGAGGGAAUUGAGGCAUCCAUUGCUGGGGUGGGAGUUGGGAAGGAGCCGAGAAUUAGUGUUCACUGUUCUGCCUGUAUUUGUGCUUUCCAUUGUAAUCAAUAGCAAAGGUGACAAAAUAUAACCUUGGUGUCACUCAACAUUGGUUUCUAAAAUGCAUUUGAACUUGGGUGGGAUUUUAACUUUUACCCAGUGACUUUCUUUCCAGAUUAGAUGGUCUUGGUUCCAAAGGUAGUAGCUACUACAGACAGACCUAAUUCCAACUGACAAGCUAAGGGAAAAUAGCAACGCCCUAAGAGAGGUGCAGAGUCAGAGCAGACAGCUGAGGAGUGAGGUGAAAGACAAAGUGAGGUGGGACGGGGCCCCACUGGCAGGUGGGAGUUCUCAAAGGGGUGUGAUAUGGAGAAGGAAUCUGUGAGGCUCUAAGGACACCCAGGGUGGGUGGGGUGCAGAUAAGAGGGAUUAAGUCCAGUUAAGAAAGCCACCUGACUGGUCAGAAGCUUAAGUUCCAUCUUUGUAGCCUAAAAAAGCUGUUCCCCUUUGAGACGGGAAAGAUGUUUAAAAACAGUAUUGCUGGGACUUCCCUGGUGGUGCAGUGGGCUAAGGAUCCGGCAUUGUCACUGCUGUGUCAAGGAAUGAGUCCUUGGCCCAGGAACUUCCGUGUGCCGCAGCACCACCGAACAGAAACAACAACAACAAAAAAAAACAAUAGUGCUGUUGGGUUGUAAGCACGGGAAACCCAAAACAGUUGGUGUGUGGGGCAGAGUCAGACAGAGCAGCUGAACGAGCUGGUGACUGCUGAAUUUGGGGCAAAGCAAUCUGCGCAGUCCCAGGCAAACCACUUCCUUUGGAUGGGCCUCCGUUUCCUCAUCUGUGAAAUGGAAAGAUUGAUGAGAAAACCCCACAGGUCCCAAUACGAAGUACGCCAGUUCGUAAAAUGACUGCUCGUUAUCAAAGAGCUGACCUGGGAAUUAAUUACUCAAGCUAUCAAAAGCAUCCCGCACCCUCAGGGGGCUCCACCCUAGGAUUGAGCAAUCUAAUCCACAACUCACUUCCUGCGCUGGGUUCUCACCACCGCCGCCCUUUCAGUCAGGCACAUCUGCCCUCCUGGAGGUGUCCCACAGGUGACAGGCCCAGAAUCCUGGGCUCUAACCCAAUUGGAUGGCCCCCAGAUUGAGAACUGAAUGAUAUCUCGGGUUUCCAACGUUAAAAUCAGCCUCAAGAGUCAAAGAUACCCGCCACCCAGGAUUGAAAUUAAGUUUACCUCAAAUAUGACUGGAUUUAACUUUGAAAACUACGAAGGAGACGAUUAUAAUUACAGUUACAGCACUGACCUGCCCUUGAUUCUACCAGACUCUGCCCCAUGCCGGCCAGAAUCUCUGGAUAUCAACAAGUAUGCCGUAGUUGUCAUCUAUGCCCUUGUCUUCCUGCUAAGCCUACUGGGAAACUCCCUGGUGAUGCUGGUCAUCUUAUACAGCCGUGUCGGCCGCUCUGUCACUGAUGUCUACCUGCUGAACCUGGCCAUGGCUGACCUGCUCUUUGCCCUGACCUUGCCUAUCUGGGCCACCUCCAAGGCAAAGGGCUGGAUCUUUGGCACCCCUCUGUGCAAGGUGGUCUCGCUCCUGAAGGAAGUCAACUUCUACAGUGGUAUUCUACUGCUGGCCUGCAUCAGCAUGGACCGCUACCUAGCCAUCGUCCACGCCACACGCACGCUGACCCAGAAGCGCCACUGGGUCAAGUUCAUAUGCAUAGGCAUCUGGGCCCUGUCCUUGGUCCUGGCCCUGCCCAUCUUCAUCUUCCGCAGGGCCAUCCAUCCACCCUACUCCAGCCCCGUCUGCUACGAGGACAUGGGCGCCAAUACAACAAAGUGGCGGAUGGUGAUGCGGGUCCUGCCCCAGACCUUUGGCUUCCUCCUGCCCCUGCUGGUCAUGCUGUUCUGCUACGGACUCACCCUGCGCACCCUGUUUGCCGCCCACAUGGGGCAGAAGCACCGGGCCAUGCGCGUCAUCUUUGCCGUCGUGCUCGUCUUCCUGCUCUGCUGGCUGCCCUAUAACCUGGUCCUGGUGGCAGACACCCUCAUGAGGGCCCGGGUGAUCGCUGAGACCUGUGAGCGCCGCAACGACAUCGGCCGGGCCCUGGAUGCCACCGAGAUCCUGGGCUUCCUGCACAGCUGCCUCAAUCCUCUCAUCUACGUCUUCAUUGGCCAGAAGUUUCGCCACGGGCUCCUCAAGAUCAUGGCCAUCCACGGCCUGAUCAGCAAGGAGUACUUGGUCAAGGACGGCAGGCCUUCCUUCGUUGGCUCUUCUUCAGGGAACACUUCUACCACCCUCUAAGGCCCCCACGCGGGACUCCUCCCUUCCCCUCGGUGUCCAUUCUGAGCCAGCCUCGUGUCCUCUGGCUGUUCACAGCCCUGGGUCAAGGCAGCCCCCCACUGUGGUUACAGGAAGUUGCUGAGGCCACUUCCUUGGCAGGCCCCCACCUUCUGGUGGAGAGAGCCUGCCCUGGCCCCCAACCCUUACCGUAAUUACCUUGUCAACUGCUAGAGCUCAGUCCACCCGACUCUACCAUUGAGCCCACAGCCCUCUGACUUCUGGCAGACGUUCUUUGAAGGUGUUCUUGAAGCGAUUACAGAGAGUUCCCACCAUUGGGAGCCAUUAGUCUCAAACACCGCGAGUUCCUUCCCCAACUCUCCCUUUCCUUGCCUCCUGGCAAAGUCUACCUCCCUUGAGAGAGGCUGAGAAGGACAGACACUCACUUUCUAAGGCUCUCUUAAGCUAUGAGUGGCCCUAUCCCCUGGUUCUGAUUAAUAAGACUGAGGGGCACUAGUGUGCUGGUAGGCCAUUCUCCUAGGGAAAAAGUCUUGAUUUGUAGCAUUUGCCAUGCUCUGUGGUAUAAAUAAAUGCUCCCUCUAUGGUUGAUUUCAAGGGUGGUGAUGUUUAGCAACCAGCUCACAAAACCUAGAAAAUGCAAUAAUCUGUUUUACAAGCAGAUACAAACUGGCUUCAGCACACCAUUGCUUAAGAGGAAGUCUGCUGGGGCCAGGAUAUUCCUGAUUAAAAGAGAGAGAGGAGUUUCCUAGUGGCACAGUGGGUUAAAGAUCCAGCAUUGUAAUGGCAAUGGCUCAAGAUGCUGCUGUACCCAGGUUCAAUCUCUGGCCCAGGAAUUUCCACAUUCCAUGGGUGCAGCCAAAAAUAAAUAAAUAAAUAUGAGAGAGAGAAAAACA